GGCAAAGGCUCAAGUAAAAAGCCUGCAAAGGUAAAAACGCCCACACUGAUAGAUGGAUUCACCAAGGAGGAGCUCUCCAAGGAGCAGAAUCUUUAAAGAUUUUCAGACUUUCCUCCAGAGCCACAGCAGACAUUAUAUGUCUGAUUUAUAUUACUGCCCCCUGUGAACUAAACAUUGGACUUUGACAUUUACAACUAGGAUAAAUGAGGUAAUUGGCUACACGGUCAUCUAGAUCGUCUGGCUCAUAUGCCCACACUAAAAUACAUUUCUGUAUUUCAGCUGGAAGAGCACAUCGUGCACCUUCGAGAGGAGCUGGACAGAGAGAGGGAAGAGAGAAACUACUUUCAGCUGGAGAGGGACAGGAUCCACACAUUUUGGGGGAUCACAGAAAGUAAACUAGAGGAGGUCAUGGCUGAAAAGAAGAAUUUUGAUAAGGACAUAGAGGAGGAUGAGGGGCGCCACCAAAUAGAGAUCAAGGUGUACAAGCAGAAGAUGAAGCACCUCCUGUGUGAACACCUGAACACAACCUCUGAGUUAAAAGCAGAUGGUUUAGUCUCCACACAGGUGGUGCAGGAGGAGCAAGAACAAUUAGAGACUGAGCUUCAUAAGGAAAUGAGGGCCGUCAUGGUCGACAUGCAGGAGCUUGACAAUGAAAAGCUUGUCGAGGAGCUUGAACUGAAACACGGCGAAGAAAUGACUAAAACAAGUAACAGGGGGGAGAAGCAAAUUGCAGAAAUCCUAGCCAAGUAUGAGGAAAAGAUGGAGCUGCUACAACAACAGCUGGACAACAUGACAAAAAAUAAGACCAGUGAGAAUGAAGAUCAAUGGAACAGCCACAUCAGCGCUCUAGUAGCAGACCACCAGAAAGCAUUAACUGAAUUUGAAGCAUUCAAUACUUGCUUGGAACAGGAACUGAAUGUGAACGAUUCACUCAAGGAAGAAAUUGAAUUGCUGCAGAAGACACAGAAGGAGAAGAAAAAGUACCUGGCCUACCUUCUGCCAGAGAACAAACAGAUGGCUGAGCUUCUCUCAAAAGUCUUGGAGGAGAGCGCGGAAAUUGAGAGAAAAAUGAAAUGCUUCGUAUUAAAAAAGGAUAUCAAUGAAAAGGUUGAAAAAAAGAAACUGGAUGAACUGAAAUGGGAUUAUGAGACACUGGAACAGACAUUCUGCAAGCUUCAGCUAGAAAGGGAUGAGCUGUACCAGACGUUCACUCAGAAUAUUCAGCGGGUGCAGCAUGGAGCAGAUUGGAAGAGCAUGCCGCUGGAAAAGAAGCUGAAAGGCCUGACAGACGGCCUGGAGAAGACGCAGGCUCAGCUCCUCUCUGUGCUUUCUGCCUCUAACAUGGACCGAACUGCUCUUGAUGGGGUCUCUAACACAAUUGAGAUAAAUCUGGACUCCAGUAAUAAUUACAUCAAGAACUUGAAGUAUAAAAAAGCUCAGCUUUCCCAGGCCCGUAAGGAUUUGCUGCUGACCUACGAACAGUGGUGUAUAAAGUACCCAAAAGCCAUACUUGAGUAAAAGUAAA